ACCAGCUGGGUUAGUAAUCAGGCUUUUUGUGUCUCACGAAAAAUAUACUAUCCUUGGGAAAUAAGGGAUGUAGCUAUCUGAGGGAAUAAGCUGUAAAUAUUGUUUUCACAAAUACAGCAAGUAAUGAACGCAUGUCAAGCAUGACUUGUACGCAAAAGAAGCGUGAAUCAACAUAUUACAGAUGACAGGGUGGAAGACCAUAAUGUAGCAAGCUGUGAUGCUGAGAAGACUUACACUUCAUAAAGAUAACCAGCUGAAUAUGAUCUGACUAAAGGGGUCAGCAUUACCACUAACUGUGUAAACAAAACUAAACCUAGUAUUAAGGUAUCACCUCCCUUUAUGUCAACAAGGAGAUGACCAUUGACCUUCAAGUGAGAAAGGAUACUUAAACUAGCAUGCCUAGGAAUCAAGCAAAUUGUAUUUUUCCUUAUAAAGCACAGAGACAAGGAGAGAACUGAGAAAUUUAGAGAUUUUAAUGAACUUGGCAGAGAAAAAGCUAUCUCAUACCUGAAAGCCCUUCAGCCAAUAGGGAAGAAAGUUAAAUUCUUAACACACUGCAAUAGCUGGAAUUAGAAGCUAGAGAUAUUCCCAUGUAGUAUAAGACUGAAUUUCAGUGCAGAUUUACUAAACACAGUAAGUGACACCUCAAGGUUCUGCCUCACUUGAAGUAUUAUUUCGAGAUUGGCCAUCUUUCUAGAAGGUUAAUUUAAUUUCAGCACAUUUUGGGGCCUGUUAUAGGAACUACUGAAUGGAAUUCUAAAGUGCUUUCUAACAAAUGUGUUGAUCUCUCUGAUGAUGCAGACUUGGUCCAGGGUACAGAAGCAAAAGAGAAUACUGCACUAUAAUGUCCUCACCAUCGUUGCAUGGAACUGGUUGUUAUUCUUUCUUGUUAGUUAUGCUUUGCUGUGUUUGACAGAAAUCCGAUGUAAAAGAAACAAUGAGCCUAAUUCCAUUAGAAUAUUUCUUAUAUCUUAACUGAGUCAAACGCUGGACACAUGUGACAGGAUAGGAAAACCAGGACAAUGCUUUUCAAGGGAGAGUCCCAUUAGCACUGCCAAUAGUUUUAGUGACUUUUGCCCCCACCCCUCCUCUGGGAUUUCUGUAUCUGUUGCAAAGGGGAGGACUGGGCUUGCGAUCUCGGUGUAAGGCUGGGUGUUGUGGGAUUACCGAAGUUUAGCUGGUAUACGUUGGAUCAGAUGCGUGAAGAAGUCCCUUUGAAGCGGAGUCUGGCAGGCUGGGCAGCCUGGCUGGUGAUGGAUUGUGCUCCCACUGGCUCCCUCAUCCAGGCUGCCUGCCUGGCCUUGCUGCCGGAGACUAGCGCCAGGCUAAGUUGUGCGUCUUUGGCUGAAUGUUAAUCUCUGUGCUCAGGAAGCGCAUAGGGCAAAGUAACUGGUGUUGGCACCGAUAGCUCAUUUCCAAUAAAUAUUUGUUUAAUAAGGGUUGCAUACCAUUAGGGACACAACACUUCACAGACCUGGCUACUGACCAGCUCAGCUCCACGGUCUUUGCUCUUGGUUUGGGGUGGACAGUUGAGGACACAUGAAUCUGAGCCUGGGAAAAUUCGCCUCAUCAGCAUUCAACUGUGUCCUUCUAGAUAAUCUGUAUUUGAAGUCAUGUAAUGUUUAACAGAGGAAGAUAGCAGUAUAAGCAAAGAAGAGAGAAACAGCACAACUCAUACGAGAGCAGGACCCUUCUGAAUGUAAUUAACUGCAAAAGGAGAUGAAAGCCUCCCUUCCCCUGUGUUUGCUGGUGGCUGCACUUCACCCCACCAUCUGCAGCCUGCCCCAGCCCAGGCACCACAACGGAGAGCACAAGGUGACUUACCCCCAGGAGCAGCGUCCCCACGGGGAAGAUCCUGGUGGGUCCUACCACAGGAUAGUCCCCAGCAACGCUGACUUUGCCUUCAGGUUUUACAGGCAAGAAACCACCUUUGCCCUGCUGGCCCUGGGCUCCAGAUCUGCUACCCAGACUCAGGUGCUGGAAGGGCUCGCCUUUAACCUCACCGAGAUCCGGGAGGAGGAGAUACACAACGGCUUUCGUCAUCUCCUUCUCGCACUGAACCGCCCUGACAGCCAGACGCAGCUGAGUAUGGGGAGCGCCCUGUUCAUGGACAAACACCUCAAGCCACUGAAAAAGUUUCUGAAGGACAGCAAAAAGCUGUAUAAAGCAAAAGUUAUUUCUAGUAACUUUCAGAAUUCCACUGAAGCUGAAAGUGAGAUCAAUGAUUAUAUAAAGAACAAAACCCACGGGAAGGUAAACCAAACAGUUGAAGACCUUGAUCCAGAUAUUUUAAUGGUUCUUGUUAACUAUAUUUACUUCAAAGCCUACUGGGAAAAUCCUUUCAAUAUUAAGGGGACUCAUAAGGAUUAUUUCUAUGUGAAUGAGAAGACUUCGGUCGAAGUGGAGAUGAUGAGUCGAGAUGGGUUUUAUAAAAGCUACUCCGACAGAAAGCUUUCUUGUGAGGUGGUGCAGAUUCCUUACAAGGGAGAUGUGGCGGCAUUAUUUAUCCUGCCCAACAAAGGAAAAAUGAAACGAUUGGAGGAUGCCCUUACGAAAGACACUGUGUCUAAAUGGGAAAAAUCACUUGAAAGACGGAGGAUAGAAGUGUAUAUUCCAAAACUAUCUCUUUAUGGCACCUAUGACUUAAAGAAGAUGUUCAGGAAUCUGGGUGUAACUGAUGUGUUUUCUGACCAUGCUGAUUUGUCUGGAAUCAUAGGAGAGUCUGAUCUAAAGGUUUCAAAAGCUGCUCACAAGGCCCUGCUGAAUAUCCAUGAAAAUGGCACAGAGGCGGCAGGAAGCACUUACGCAGAAUUCAUUCCUCAUUCUGUUCCUCCUGUUGUUAAAUUUAACCGUCCAUUUUUGCUGUUGGUUGUUGAUCAAUAUACUCAGAGCAUCCUGUUCAUGGGAAAAAUUAUAAAUCCUACUGAAAAAUGAGCUGUCAGUGGCUAGUUGUGUUGAAUUGAAUUGCAUUCUUCAUGUGAUUGUAUUUCUAUGUGAUUAAAAUUGUAUCAAAGCUGUUA